CCGGGUUGUGUGUGUGCGUAGUGUUGUGUGAAACGAUGCAGUGGCCGCAGGAGCCUUUCCCAGCCCACCCGCACCCAUCGCAGGCCAUGCUCCCCGCACCCGCGUCCUCGGCGGCUGUGUCGGUCUUGCCGCCAUCUCCUCGGGCCGAUGCUGGUGUUGGGAUGGGUGGGAUGAGUGGGAUGAGUGGGAUGGGUGGGAUGAUGGGCGAGCAUCCCCAUAGAGUGGCAGAUCUGGACGUUACGGUGCUCAACUUCGCCCAGUGGAUCAGCGAUUUGAAGAUGCGCAGCAGCUCCAGCCAAAACACAAUUUUGGCCGAGAUGGGCGUCAUUCGCAAUGUAGGCACGCUGGUCCAUUACAACACGGGCGGGAUGGAAGGGAUGUGUGUCCGUGGGCGUGUGUGUGCAGGGGAUCACGAGCAACAACACGGAGUUGAUGGAGUUUCGGCGUCACACGGCCACCGUGCAGCAGCAGAUGCAGAGCCAGAUAACCGACCUCAGAGAUGUGAGCCAUUCCACGCACACACACAGAAAUGCCCUCGCUCCCUCACCGGCACUUAUUGGUGGAUGGGAUGGAUGGAUGGUUGCAGAAGUUGAUGGAUGCCUACAACGAAAUCGCCAACAUGGUCAAGGCACAGACACAGUUCCAACAGGUGGGCAUGGAUGGAUGGACGGACGGACGGACGGACGGAUGGGGGGUUCCUCACAUCAACACAGCCACUGACCGUGUCUGUCUGUGUUGCAUUCGUAUGGUGGGCUGGCUGGCUGCAGGAGAUGCGGAGCGAGUACCAGGGGCUGCAAGAGGUAAGUCAGAGAGAGCAGGCCGCACGACACAACACCCAUCCUUUCUACUUUCCUUCUCCAUUUUGUCUUGCCCUAUACAUGGAUGGCAGCAACUUCAGCUCAAGACCAUCCAACUCGAAACACUCAAGAAGGUGGGUGAGGCGAAGGCCAACUGGCCUGCAGGAAAACAAACAAACGAACGAAAUACACGCGGCUCACCCCUGCCCCGUAUGCAUUGCAUGCGAUGGCAUGCCAUUAUUCCACACCAGGCCUACAGCCAGACGCACCAGCAGCUGCAGACACAGAUCACCAACCUACAAAACGUACCCACACACCCACUCCCACAGGCACACCCACACCCACACCCACACCCACAUACACAUACACAUACACGAAAUCCAGGCAGGCAGGCACUGCCGAUUCUUUGUGUGUAUCUGUGUGUGUAUCUGUGCACUACACAGGAGUUGAGUGAGAGUCAGUCGCGUUUGGAUGAGUACCGUCGCCAGAGCGACCGGGCCAACGAGGACGGCAUGCAGAAACUCUGCGAACUCCAAGUGGUAAGCGAUCAAUCAAUUGACGCCACGCCCUCCCACCAAAUUGACCGCACGGCCCCCCUGAUAUAUAUAUAUAUGUGUGUGUGUGUGGAUGGAUGGAUGCAUUCAGUCGUCGGAGAUGCAGCGUCAGGAGUGGCAGAAGUUCCGGAAUACCUACGAGGAGACAUCGGCUAAUGUACACAGCACACAAAAGGACAUACAGCAGGUCGGCAGAGUAGAUGGCUGUAGUAAGGGAGGGAGGGAUACGCUACGCAGAAAGGAUCUCUCCGUCUGCAAUCAAAUCGUGUGUGUAUGUCGCGUGGGGUGCAUGCGAUGCCUGCAGGACUUGGGAGGCUUGUUGAAUGACUUCCGCGAGUGGAAGGUACGUAUGCAUCAGUGGCCAUGCAGGACGACAAUCAAAUUACCAUCCCCCAUCCAUCCAUCCAUCCAUCCAUGUGGAUGGAUGGAACACUGUGCCGGCCGUGCCGUGUAUGUGUGUCUGUCUUUCUUUCUUCAGGCGGUGAUAGAGAGCAACCACGAGGCGCUCCAUCGCAGUGUCGUGGGACUCGACGCAAGACAACAACCGCAACACCAGACAUCAUACAGAAAAGAAGACGGGCACGUACCCCACACAGACAACACAGACAAAGACGUACGUACGCUCUCACACAUGGGCACUCACACACGAAUAGAUAGAUGCACAGAUCCUGCAGGCAGGGUACCCUUUCAAUUGUCUGUCUUUGCGCGUCUGUCUGUCUGUCUGUGUGUUCAGUCGUCCCGGGGCCUAGCCGCUAAUGAUAGCAUAGAGGUGCUGGGGGGCACGGUUGCACAGAGGACCACCAAGGUGGGCGGGGCGGGGCGGGGCACAAACCAAAGCCGCACACCAACCCGCACGGCACGAUGAGUGUUGGUGUUGUGUGUUGUGUGUCUCAGGGUGGUGGUUUCGGUGUGCACCCAUCCGUCGUGGCGCCGCUGCCAUCCCCGGCCAAUGUCGCCAGUGAGAGCCCCCGAGGGCCCACACCAACACCCACAGGCGAACAGGUCAACCAACCGACACAUAUAUACGAUAAAGAACAAAGUGGCAGCCAACCAAUCCAUUCGUUUGUUCGCUAUAUACAGGGAUACAGCAAGGGCGUUCCCACUCCGCCCGCUGCCGUGCCCACUGCAUUCAACGGCGUGCAGCACCAGCACCAUCAGCAGCAUCAGCAUGGCCCACACGCCCCUCCUGGCGCCCUGCUGCCCACACAGAACCGGGCCACACUGCACCAGCACCAACAGGUGGAUGGAUGAUGAAUCAAUCAAUCGGUGGAUGGAUGGAUGGAUGCCUUAUGGAUGGAUGGCAUGCUGGCCUUGCACUGUGUGUGUGUAUGUGAUGCGUGUGUCAGGUGGCCGGGCGUCAGUUUACAUACGGUCCGUAUGCGGGGCCUUUCUUCAGAUAAACAAAUAGCACACACACCUGUCUGUCUGUCCGCCCCGUCCGUCCACACGUGUGUGCUAUGGCCGCACACAGCACAGUGGCCGAUCGAUUUUGACCGGUUAUGCAUUCUAUGCAGCUGUAGCUGUAGCUGUCCCUGGACGUCUCCUUUCCUACACGCAUGAUUCAAUUCUGUCCACACAACUUGUCACUUAAUUGCCGCCCACCGGCCCUGACAAACACAACACAUCAAACUCAG